AUGAUUACUGGUUUUGGUGCUUUUUUAAUAAAACCAAUAACUUAUGUGACAAAAGCAGAAUUUGGUUGGGACUCAACACUUCAAGGUUUUAUUUUGAGUUCAUUUUAUUAUGGUUAUACUCCCACUCAAUGUUUGGGUGGUUUAUUGAGUGCAAGAAUUGGAGGAAAAAAAGUCAUUGGUGUUGGAAUUGGAGUAUCAGCAUUGUUGACAUUAGCUAUUCCUACAUCUGCACGUAUUAGUGUUUUUCUUUUGAUUUUUUUACGAAUUGUUAUAGGAUUAUUUGAGGGUGUUACAUAUCCUUCAGUAAACUCUAUAUGGGCAAAUUGGGCACCACCACUUGAACGAUCAAAACUUGGAACUCUAUCUUUUUCUGGUGCUUCAUCUGGAACUGUUGUUGCACUGCCAUUAUCUAGUCUUAUUGCUGAAAGUCUUGGUUGGCCAGCUGUUUUUUAUAUAUACGGGUUUUUCGGAUUAAUAUGGUAUGCCAUGUGGCUGUACUUUAUAUCAGAUAAACCUGAUGAUGAUCCUUGGAUUUCACCUCUUGAGCUUAAUUUUAUUAAACAAUCGCUGAAUACUGAUACCCGAAAAACUGAGGGACCCAUAUCACAUCCUUGGAAAAAAAUAUUGAAAUCAGUACCAUUUUGGGCAAUCGUUGCUGCUCACUUCAGUGAAAACUGGGGACAUCAAACGAUGAUGACGCAAUUACCAACAUUUAUGCAGCAGGUAUUGCAUUUUGGAAUUGUUGAAACUGGUUUUCUAUCGGCACUUCCUUAUCUUGGAAUGACAAUUAUUAUUAUAUUCUCAGGUCAUCUUGCUGAUAUUUUACGAUCAAAAAAUUAUCUCACAACAACUCAGGUACGAAAGAUAUUUACAUGUGGAGCAUUUAUAGGCCAAUCAAUCUUCAUUAUUUCAUCUGGGUAUUUAAAUUCAAGCUUUCAAGUUAUUUUUUGCAUUACAAGUGCAAUAAGCAUUAGUGGUUUUGCAUGGUCAGGUUUUAGUAUUAAUUUUCUCGACAUUGCACCAAGACAUGCCAGUGUUUUGUUCGGUAUUAGUACAACAAUAUCCAUGUUUACGGGAAUCAUCAGUCCAUGUAUCACCGGUUUCAUUGUCAAAGAUAAGUCUCCUGCCAGUUGGAGAAUAGUUUUUAUAAUUGCCGGCAUAAUUUAUCUUGUUGGUGCUGUGAUUUACAGUUUAUUUGCUUCGGGAGAAAAACAAAAAUGGGCAGAUGAUGAAAAUAUAACAGACAAAACCAUUACUGAUAAUAAAGAAGUUGCCUUGAAUUAAAGCAAAAAAAAAAAAUGUACACUAGUUGGCAUAGUAAUUAAUAACGAAUAUAUGAUUUGAUAACAUACCAGAAAAGUGUCCAG